AUGGGCCGGUGGAGAGAACAGCUUCUUCCACCUGCUCUGGUAAUGGCAGUCCUAGCUCCAUUGUCAAUUGCCAGGGAGAUCACCAGUACCUUUACGACGGUCUUCCCAACCUCAAGCGUCGCCACUUCCUCAUCCGCCAUCGCUGGCUGCACUGUUGCGUCUUCCAUGCAGAUCGCCUGUAGCGAUGGAUACUAUAACACAUAUGGGGCAGUGUGGCAGGAGACCUGUGCAGCCUCAUACAGUGGUGGCAGUCUCAUUGAGGCCGCCAGAGGCCUUUCACUGAGGGCUUGUACAUCAGGUUGUGCAGUCCAAUCUGCCUGUAGUGCAGUUUUUUGGGAUGGUGCUACCUGUUAUCUGCUCCAAGGCGAUGUGACUAUCACACCUGGCGGGCCGUAUCAGGGAGUACUCCGUUAUGCGGCUACUGUCAGUCCUUGCGUCUCGACUUGGUUGGUUACAGACACCUACUCAGCCACGUCAACUGGCGAGGUUGUUUAUACUGUGACCUCGAGCCCGACCCCGAUUCCGUCUUCGUCUGCUAUUGUCACUUCCUCCCCGGUCCAGUCGGUGUCCUCUGUUUCGAGAUCUUCUCCUUCUGUCCCGGGUUAUUCUCCGUCUUCCAUAGUACCGUCGUCUUCAACGCCUUCCUCGGCACCACUAAUCCAGUCGUCGACCUCAGUUUCUUCCAGGACAUCCAGCCCGGUGUCUUCUCCUACAUGGUUGUCGUCAACUCCGUUGAUUCGUACGGCUACAUCUUCCGUCUCUACAGACGUCAUUCCUUUGGGUUCUUCUUCUGUCCCCUGUUCUGUCCCCUCUUCAUCUCCUGCGGGCUUGUCAUCGCCCGACGCGUCCCCGAGCAGUUCAUCAUGCGCUUCUAGCCUAUCUCCUUUGUCUAUAUCAGCAUCUCCAACUCCGACUGCGGGACAGCCUGCAGCCAGCUCAACAGCGCUUACUAUCACAACCGUGGCGCCGAGCGAAUCAUCUCCUUUGACUCAGUCCUCGGAGGAAUCAGGUGGGAGCACACCAAGUGCUUCGACUUAUACUGUCACAGCGACUGAGGUUCAUACAAUCACUUCUUGUGCUGCCGUGGUCACUAAUUGCCCUGCACACCAACAAACAACAUACGUGACGACCGAGACAGUCACAUAUGUUACAACAAUUUGUCCCGAGGGUACUCAAGCCACAGCUCCCCAAGCUACAGGAACAAUCCCAAUCAAUCCUCAAACGGGUCUGAUUCAGACUACCAGUACUACUUCUGCUCAGGGCACAGAGACAGAUUCCAGUCUCUCAGUUACCCAGCUCGAUGUUCCCGCCAAUGGGUUAAGUGGUAACUAUACUAUUCCACACGCACAAUCGUCCGACGCCCGGAAAACUGGCGUCGUAUCCUUUACUUCCGCUCGGGGUGCUACUCAUGCUACAACGAUGAAUACUGUCUCCGGACAGACAACCUCCGUGACGACGAGCGCACCUGGCAGCCCGUUUACCGGAGAUGCUGCUAAGAUGGGGCAAUUCUCUACAAUUUUCUCUGUGGCGGCUGUGCUGCUCACUGUGUUUUUCUUCUAG